UGAUACUUCGAUCUACAAAAUUCAAGCACUGCACUUUAUAUAUUUUUCUUUUAUAAUUAUCCAUUACAGUUUUCAUUUUACACUUUUAUUUAUUAUAUUCUGUCCUUAAGAAUUUGCUGUCUUUUUUCCUCCUGAUCUUGCUUCAGUGCCGUUAAUAAACAAUCAUCAUGGCGACACGCAUAGCGAGUCGCAUGCUUUUACAAGGUUGCAGACGAUUUUCAAGACGUAGGGGGAAACGACAGUUCUGCAGUGUGAGCACUGGAGGAAAAGACAUUACAUCUUUAAGUUUAGCUCAGCCAGUGACAUCUAUUCCAGCACCAAAGUAUGCAGCUCCGAGUGACAUAGAACACGAAACAAAGGUUACUGUAUUAGAAAAUGGCCUUCGUGUUGCUUCCGAAAACAAGUUUGGGCAGUUUUGUACAGUAGGAGUUUUGAUCAACUCUGGCUCCAGAUAUGAAGUGGCAUACCCAAGCGGAAUUUCCCACUUUCUGGAAAAGCUAGCUUUUGGAUCAAAUACCAAGUACAAGAAUCGAGACCUGAUUCUUCAAAACCUGGAGAAGUUGGGUGGAAUAUGUGACUGCCAGGGGUCUAGAGACACGCUGAUAUAUGCAGUCUCUGCAGAGACUCGUGGUCUUGACAAAGUGGUGGAUAUCCUUUCGCAUGUUGCUUUGCAGCCUUUGAUAACAGACGAAGAGAUGGAGAAUGCAAGAAUGACCAUUUCUUUUGAACUGGAAUCACUUAACAUGCGACCAGACCCAGAACCUCUCUUAAUGGAGAUGAUACACGCAGCUGCCUACAGAGACAACACCUUGGGGUUGCCCAAAAUAUGUCCAGAAGAGAACAUCCCAUUGAUAUCUCGUGAAAUACUCUACAGCUACAUGCAAAGCGUGCAUACCCCAGACCGUAUGGUGGUUGCAGGGGUGGGUAUGGAACAUGAGGAACUCUUAAAGAGCUGUCAGAAACAUUUUGCCCAGAGUGGUCCUCCAAUAUGGACCAGUUGCUUGCCUGCAGGUGCUAACCAAAGACCACUAGACCAGUCUGUGUCACAGUACACAGGAGGAAUUGUUAGUGUUGAAAAGGACUUGUCCAAUGUCAGCCUUGGUCCAACACCAAUGCCAGAGCUGGCGCACAUUGUAGUGGGGCUAGAGAGCUGCUCCCACAAAGACCCUGACUUCAUUGCCUUCUGUGUUCUCAACAUGAUGAUGGGGGGUGGAGGGUCGUUCUCAGCUGGCGGGCCUGGCAAAGGCAUGUACACUAGGCUGUACCUCAACGUCCUGAACAAGUAUCACUGGAUGUACAAUGCUACAGCUUACAACCAGGCCUAUGAGGAUUCUGGCCUUUUCUGCAUACAUGCCAGUGCCCACCCAUCUAAACUUAAAGAACUAGUGGAGAUUAUUGUGCGGGAACUUGCUUACACAGCUGGCAUGGUGUACCCAGAUGAACUGGCCCGUGCCAAGAGACAACUCCAGUCAAUGUUGAUGAUGAAUCUUGAGUCCCGCCCUGUUGUCUUUGAAGAUAUUGGCAGGCAAGUUUUAGCAUCAGGAAUGCGCCGACAGCCAGAAUACUACUACGAAGAAAUUGGUAAAGUUACUGAAAGCGACAUUCAGCGGGUUGCAACCCGCAUGCUGCGGAGCAAACCAGCAGUAGCAGCAUAUGGAACAUUAGACCAGCUUCCACACUAUGCCGACAUUGAAACUGCUCUCAACAGCAAGAAUGGCCGGAUGCCAAAGAAAUUUCUCCUGUUCCGAUAACACGUCAUCUUGCUUAGAUCAAAACUUUUGUUCCUACUGUUUUGCUGCAGAAGUUAAAUUUAAACCUUGCUCAGCCCCCAAACCUGCUCCUUGCUAAUAGCACUUUUAGCUAAUGCCACAAAACUCUUUUUAUAGACAAAUGUAACAAGAACAUCUUCCUUUGUGAUUGGAAGGGGAGAGGGGGUUAACUGGAAAAAAGGAACAAAGCUUUAACAUGUGUUUUUUGUUUAAUGUGCUGAAUGGCUUCAAACUAUGGGCCAUGAUUCCUAUGCUGAACAUUCUAUGUGUCUUUUAGAAUCAUCGCCUCUGGCAUAUUAAUACACAACUUCAGUUAACAGUCGAAAGAAAGCAGCAGUUGCAGAAGGUAGGGGUAAUAUAAUUAACAUUUUAAAUAUUUACGAGAUAUCUGAGAAGUCUUAAGCUGUUCACUGUUUAUAUGUAUACUCGCACACAAAAUUUGCCUUGGUAAAUUGACAGGUUGCUAUCUGGAACUGUCUGCCUUUUGAUGGAUGCUAGAAAUGGAAGAAAAUUGUGAUGUAAAUAAACAGGAACUGUCUUA